AUGGCGCGCAGACCCCGGCACAGCAUAUACAGUAGUGAUGAGGAUGAUGAAGACAUUGAGAUGUGUGAUCAUGACUAUGAUGGGCUGCUUUCCAAAUCUGGAAAACGGCAUAUGGGAAAAACCAGGUGGACCAGGGAAGAGGAUGAAAAAUUGAAGAAGCUGGUGGAACAGAAUGGAACAGAUGACUGGAAAGUCAUUGCUAAUUAUCUUCCGAAUCGAACAGAUGUACAGUGUCAGCACCGAUGGCAGAAAGUACUGAACCCUGAGCUCAUCAAGGGCCCUUGGACCAAAGAAGAGGAUCAGAGAGUGAUAGAGCUUGUACAGAAAUAUGGUCCGAAGCGUUGGUCGGUUAUUGCCAAGCAUUUAAAAGGGAGAAUUGGAAAACAAUGUAGGGAGAGGUGGCAUAACCACUUGAAUCCAGAAGUUAAGAAAACCUCCUGGACAGAAGAGGAAGACAGAAUUAUUUACCAGGCACACAAGAGACUGGGGAACAGAUGGGCAGAAAUCGCAAAGCUACUGCCUGGACGAACUGAUAAUGCUAUCAAGAACCACUGGAAUUCUACAAUGCGUCGGAAGGUUGAACAGGAAGGUUAUCUGCAAGAGACUUCGAAAGCCAGCCUGCCAGCAGCGGCCACAAGUUUUCAGAAGAACAGUCACUUGAUGGGUUUUGCUCAUGCUCCACCUUCCACUCAACUCCCUUCAACUGGCCAGCCCUCAGUGAACAAUGACUACCCCUAUUAUCAUGUUUCUGAAGCCCCAAAUAUCGCCAGUCAUGUCCCAUAUCCUGUAGCAUUACAUGUAAAUAUCGUCAAUGUCCCUCAGCCAGCUGCUGCAGCCAUUCAGAGACACUAUAAUGAUGAAGACCCUGAAAAAGAAAAGCGAAUAAAGGAACUAGAAUUACUCCUUAUGUCAACUGAAAAUGAGCUCAAAGGACAGCAGGCACUGCCAACCCAGAACCACACAUGCAGCUACCCUGGGUGGCACAGCACCACCAUUGCUGACCACACCAGACCUCACGGGGACAGUGCACCUGUUUCCGGUUUGGAAGAACACCACUCGACUCCAUCUCUACCGGUGGAUCCUGGCUCCCUUCCUGAAGAAAGUGCCUCUCCAGCCAGGUGCAUGAUUGUCCACCAAGGCACCAUACUGGAUAAUGUUAAGAACCUGUUAGAAUUUGCAGAAACACUCCAAUUUAUAGAUUCUAAUUCUUCAUCACGGUGUGAUCUCAGCAGUUUUGAAUCCUUUGAAGAAGCAGAGUGUUCACCUAGCCAGCCGCAUGCAGGCAAAGCCCUCCAGCUUCUGCAAAGAAAGGGCAGUGUGAAUAGACCGGCAGGAGAGCCUAGCACCAGGGUGAACAGAGGCAUGUUGAGGGAGGGCGCACUUGACUUGUUCAAACCCGUACCUCCUCCGAGGCCCAGCACAAUCCCUCUGGUCAUCCUGCGAAAAAGGCGGGGCCAGGCCAGCCCCUUAGCCACUGGGAACGCUAGCUCUUUGACUUUUGCUGACGCCAGCAGUUCAACUCCCAGGCGCUCCCCUGUCGAAAGCCUGCCCUUCUCCCCCUCCCAGUUCUUAAACACUUCUAGUAACCAUGAAAACUUAGACUUGGAAAUGCCUUCUCUAACUUCCACACCUCUCAAUGGUCACAAAUUGACUGUUACAACACCAUUUCAUAGAGACCAGACUAUGAAAAACCACAAGGAAAAUACCAUUUUUAGAACUCCAGCUAUCAAGAGAUCAAUCCUAGAAAGCUCUCCAAGAACUCCUACACCUUUCAAACAUACACUCGCAGCUCAAGAAAUUAAAUAUGGUCCUCUUAAGAUGCUACCUCAUCCACCAUCUCAUCUAGUCGAGGAUCUACAUGAUGUCAUCAAACAGGAAUCUGAUGAAUCUGGAAUAGUUUCUGAGUUUCAAGAAAAUGGGUCACCUUUAUUGAAGAAGAUAAAACAAGAGGUAGAGUCUCCGACGGAUAAAACAGGAAACUUUUUCUGCUCUAACCACUGGGACGGGGAGAGUCUAAACACUCAGCUAUUCACACAGACUUCACCUGUGGCAGAUGUACCAAAUAUCCUUACAAGUUCCGUUCUAAUGAAGCCAGUCUCAGAAGAUGAAGACAAUGUUCUCAAAGCAUUUACAGGACCUAAAAAUCGCUCCCUGGUGAGUCCCCCACAGCCCUGUGGAAGUGCCUGGGAACCUGCCUCCUGUGGAAAGACUGAAGAUCAGAUAACAGCUUCUGGGCAGGCUCGGAAAUAUGUUGAUGCUUUCUCCACCCGGACUCUGGUCAUGUGA